UGUCAUCUCUCAACAAAAAAUAUAAAAAUAAAUGUCUUUAGCCGGAAAAGAAGUAACAACAAUAACAAUAUAACGGCAGCUAGCAACAACAACACAUAAGACGCAGCAGCCGUACCGGCUCCGGCAACACCAGCGACGGAAAGACCAAGGGGCGGCGCGAAAGACAGAAGACGCCGGUGGUGGUACGCACCCAUCAAGGAGGGAGAAGAAUUAGGCGAAAGAGUGACAGGAAACUAAGAACCCUAUAUUGGGUGGCACCGGUGGCCGAGGAAGGGUGGAUGUUGAGGCGGUUGAGCAUACAUAAGAGUGGUUUUAGACGGAGUUUGAGCACAACUUGCUUAAACCCUCCACUGCCAUGGCUUUUCGUAGGAUUAGGCAAUCCUGGUGAUAAAUUCAAAGGCACUCGUCAUAAUGUUGGGUUUGAAAUGAUUGAUGCACUUGCUGAUUCGCUUGGCAUUUCACUCAGUAAGGUCCAUUGUAAAGCCUUAUUCGGUCAAGGGUUUGUUGGUGAUGUCCCAGUUUUUCUAGCAAAACCUCAGACUUACAUGAACUUAUGCGGGGAAUCUACGGGUCCUCUAGCAGCAUAUUACAAGCUACCUCUAAAUCGGGUGUUGGUGUUCCAUGACGACAAGGAGUUGCCAUGUGGCGUACUUCGGCUUCAACACAAUGGUGGUCAUGGCAGUCACAAUGGGCUGAAGAGUGUAAUUGAUUCUUUCAGAGGGAACAGAGAAUUUGCUCGCCUUAGAAUUGGAAUUGGGAGGCCCCCUGGUCAAAUGGACCCGAAAGCAUUUUUGCUCCAAAAGUUCAAUACGUUGGCAAGAGAGCGGAUUGAUGCUGCUCUGAAAGAGGGAGUUGAUGUACUGAAGCUGAUGCCAUCAGACGGCUUGGCGGAAUGUGCAAGAUGGUUCAACAGAGAACAAAAGUACAAGCAUAUAAGACCACAUACCCCAUUUGAAUUAGAAGGCAUGGACAAUCAUCUGGCUCCUUAAUUUGUUUUUUUAGUCAGCAUGUAACAAAACAAAUCAGCACCAUGAUGCUUAAGGUCUGCUAUAAAGUAACAGUUUUCUUUGUAUUGCUGUAAUUGAUAUUGCUCUGUACUUGUGCUGUAUAAAGUAUAAACCUUGUGAUUAUUUCAAUAUAAGCCUCAACAAUAAUUUGAUUAGCUGUA